AUGGGGGUGAUAUCACAACAUAAGAACUCCAUAUCAUCAUCGGAAGAUUUAAAUCUAGAGUUUGUCGAUCCUGGUACCAUUAAAAUCGAUUGUUCAGGUGCUUAUAUUGCCAAUGAUCAUUUAUUAAAACAAACCAUUAUACUACGUAGAGGACUGGAAAAUUCAUCUACUGAUGAAAAUAAUAACACUACUUCCACAUCAUCAUCGGAAGAAUCAAUAUCAAGAACUCCAUCUCCUGAAAUUCAAUCAGAAUCAAAUCCAAAUUCUUAUUCUGAAGAAGAAGAUGAUAUUAAUAAUCUAACUCCAAAAGUUGAUGAACAAGUAAGUCUACCACCGAAUUUGGAUAAAUUAAAAGUGGAUAAUGUAUCGAAUGGUGGAAUUGAUUUAUCAAGACAUGAACAUGCUAUAGUCGAUGGUGAUUACGAUUAUGAUGAAGAUGAUGAUCAAUAUGAUUUAACCAAAAAUAUAACCUUACCCAGACAUAAUUCAGAAAUUAUUCAUAUCUCAGUUGAUAUAGGUGGAACCCUUACAAAAUUAAUCUAUUUCACUAAAUCAUUCAAUUCAUACGGUGGGAAAUUACAUUUCAAAGAUUUCCAAACUGAAAAUUUUAAACAUGAAGUUUUAAAAUUCCUUAUAAAAUUAAUUCAAAAAUCAAUUAAUAAACAACAACAACAACAAUUAAGUCCCAACAAAUCAUCAUCAUCCUCAUCAUCAAUAAUUUAUCCUCCUAUAACAUAUAUAAUGGCCACUGGUGGUGGAGCUCAUAAAUUUUAUCAAUUGAUGACUAAAACUUUUAAAAAGCAUGGUUUACCCAUGAAAAUCAUUGCUAAAGAUGAAAUGGAAUGUCUUAUCAAAGGUUUAAAUUGGUUAAUUACAAAGAUCCCAAAUGAAAUAUUCACUUAUGAUUUAGAAGAACAUAAUACUAAAUUCAUUUCAAAUUCAUUACUGGUUAAUAAAGAUUCCAUAUUUCCUUAUUUACUCGUUAAUAUCGGUAGUGGGGUAUCAAUGAUUAAAGUUAUUGGACCUGGACCUGAUCAAUUCGAAAGAAUUGGUGGUUCUUCUUUAGGUGGUGGAACCUUAUGGGGAUUAUUAUCGUUAUUAACUGAUGCUAAAGAUUAUACUGAAAUGCUUGAAAUGGCAGAAAGAGGUAAUAAUGAAAAUGUUGAUUUAUUAGUUGGAGAUAUUUAUGGUACCAAUUAUGGAAAGAUUGGAUUAAAAGCUAAUCAUAUUGCAUCAUCAUUUGCUAAAGUAUUUAAAAAAUUAAGAUUUAAUAAUAAAUCUUUAACUCCUGCUGAAAAAUUAUCUCAAUUUAAACCUGAAGAUAUAGCAAGAUCAUUAUUAUAUUCAGUAUCCAAUAAUAUCGGACAAAUUGCAUAUUUACAAGCUUGUCGAUUCAAUUUAAAGAGUAUUUAUUUCGGGGGAUCCUUUAUAUCAGGUCAUAAACAAACUAUUCAUACCUUAAGUUAUGCGGUAAAUUUCUGGAGUGGUGGUGAAAUGACAUCAUUCUUCCUUAGACAUGAAGGUUAUUUAGGUAGUGUUGGUGCAUUCAUGAUGGGUCCUAAUAUUGAAUCAAUAAAGAAUAAUAGUAUUAAUGGUAAACGUAAUUCAAAUUCACUUUCAACUUAA